CGGGUUUGCGCCUGCGCCGCGGAGGCCCCGGGUGGGCGGAGCUGGUCGGAAUGAGUGGCGGAGGGACAGAGACCCCGGUAGCGUGCGAAGCCGCCCAGAGCGGCGGCGGCAAGAAGCGAGAGUCGCUGGGGACUGCGGGUGCGGCGCACCUCAUUAUCAAGGAUCUUGGAGAAAUUCAUUCAAGGCUUCUGGAUCACAGACCAGUCACCCAAGGUGAAAUUCGCUACUUUGUAAAAGAAUUUGAAGAAAAACGUGGUCUUCGAGAAUUGCGAGUUCUUGAGAACUUGAAGAAUAUGAUCCAGGAAACAAAUGAGCACAUGCUUCCCAAGUGCAGAGACAUGAUGCAGGACGGCCUGGAGGAGGCACUGCAGAGCUUGCAAGCAGCUAACGACUCCAUCUGCAGACUCCAACAGAGACAGCAGGAACGGAAAAAGGUGAUUAAUGAGCACUUGGCAGCUAGUGAGGCGCAGCGCCUGCUCCAGUGGGAGGAAUUCAUGAACGGACAGCCACAGCGGCGAGCUGACGUGGAUGAUGAGCACAAAAGAGCCAUGGAGAGGCUCAAAGAGCAAUAUGCCACGAUGGAGAAAGAGCUAGCAAAGUUUUCUACCUUUUAAGAAUUUGAUCUACAGAGACGAAAGAAAGCACUGCCUUUCCCCCAAAUCCUCCCACCAACCACAUAGCCUCUUCUUCAAGUUCAGCAAUACACUCAGUGGCACUCUUAGGUCUGAAGAGAGAAACUGCUGGAGCCAGAUAAAUGUCCAGUGGAAGAAGAGUGCUUCUGUGCCUAAAUGUGAUCAUUGGAAGAAGAGGAGGGAAAAUAGGACACCUUUAUCGCUAAUCACAUUAGGUCCUUUCAGUGAUUAGCCUAGAGAACUGUGUGUUAAGAGUCCACUUCAUUUUCACCAAGGGUAAAUGGGUUGUCAUUGUGGAUUGAACAGCAGGUGUGACAGCUGCUCUGGGGAAGGGUCACAGCACCCCUGGGGAAGGGUCAGGACAGU